AUGGGCAAGAAAAGAAAGACAUCCGGUCGUAAUGCCGACUCCAAAGGCCCAAGAGACUACGAUCCCAAGGAUGCCCGUCUCGGCCCCAUCAGUACAUACGAAGAUGUCGCCAAUUCUGAAGACGAACAUUUCCUCAACCAAGACACGAUAAUGCUCGACGAUGAGCCUGACAGUAAACGUCGUCGCCAAGACGACGACAUGGAGCUUUCCGAUGAAGAGAUACUUGGCUAUGAAGACUCAGAUUCCGAAGACGAUGCCGCUCCUAUCUCUGGGAAGAACGCCUCGGCUGUUGCAAAGAAAAAGGCCAUCGACGACCAAGACGACCAAGAGGAAGAGGAAGAUGAAGAUGCUGGCUGGUGGGGGUCCUCUAAGAAAGAAUACUACGAUGCCGACAAGAUCGAGACAGAAGCCGACGCCCAAGAGGAAGAGGCCGAGGCCAAGCGCAUUCAAAAGAAAAAGCUCGCCAAGAUGCAGGAACAAGACUUUGUCUUUGACGGUGAUGAGUGGCUUGCGGCCGAGGGCGAUGCACAAGAUGGCGAGGAGACUGUCACUGAAGUUCUCAAAGAAAUCGAGGUUACCGACGACAUGACACCAACAGAUCGAUACCAGCUUCUGGUCACAAGGUACCCGGAAUUUGAAUACCUGGUCGCCGAAUUCGAGACCCUGCAACCAAAACUAGUCGAGCUGAAGGCUGUCGCCGAUUCAACGUCGCCUCAAUCUCUCGAGUCUGUCAAAUACUGGGUCCUUGGUUGCUACGUCGCUGCUCUUGCUAGCUACUUUGCUAUUCUAGCAGCACCUGCUCGAGACGCCGGACAGAUUCAGAAGCCCAUCGAUCCAUCAGAAUUGCGCGAUCACGACGUCAUGGAAACUCUUGUUCAAUGUCGUGAUGCUUGGACCAAGGUUCAGAAUUUGCAAUCCCUACAAUCUGCCGCCGACGUCGACAGUGAAAUCGCCGUUGACACCGCUGCAAGCGCGGAGAUUGUCGUUGAGAAACGCAGCAAGAAGAAAGCCGCCAAGGACAAGGUUGAUGCAGCGAAGAAGAAGGCUCAGCUGGCCAGAGCCAAGGAGAUUGAAGCAUCUGUUGCCGACCUGUAUGGCCUGCCGUUGUCCAAUGGCAAGUCGAAGAAGAGAUCAAGGACAGUCGCCGCGCCCCAGGAAGACGAUGAGUCCGACUUUGGCGAGGAAGACGCCCUUGAUGCCCGAACUGCCGCCGACAAGGCUGCUCGCAAGAAGAGUCUCAAGUUCUACACAUCUCAGAUUGCUCAAAAGGCGAAUCGCAGAGCCGGCGCUGGACGUGACGCCGGUGGUGAUUUGGAUAUUCCUCACCGCGAGCGUCUCCGCGACCGCCAGGCCCGACUGCUCGCCGCCGCCGAGAAGCGCGGCAAGCGAGACUCCAAGCACGGUGCCGAUCUGGGCGACGACAGUGACGAGGGCGACGACGCCGCCGCCAAGGCGGUCCGUGGCGAGGAGGACGAGUACUACGACAUGGUCGCCAACAAGGCCAAGGAAAAGAGAGAGGACAAGGCCGCGCGCUACGCCGCGUACGCCGCCGCCAGCAAGGCCGACCGCGUGGUCGAGGUGGAGCAGGUUGGCGAGGACGGCAAGCGCAAGAUCAACUAUGCGAUUGAGAAGAACAAGGGCCUGACGCCAAAGAGGAGCAAGGACGUGCGCAAUCCCAGAGUCAAGAAGAGGAAGCAGUACGAGGCCAAACAGAAGAAGCUCAAGAGCAUGAAGCCCGUCUGGCAGGGCGGUGAGCCCAAGGGCGGAUACAAGGGAGAGCAGUCGGGUAUCAAUGUUGGCGUUGUCAAGAGUACGAGAUUAUAA